AUCAGCUCCGCGUUUUUGUUCACUGAUCUGACGCACCGUGGAAGGAAGUCAACCUUCUUCAACGUGCUGACAAAGAGUCAAGCCGCGGCUGAGAACUUUCCCUUCUGCACCAUUGACCCAAAUGAAAGCCGAGUGCCCAUUCCAGACGAACGCUACGAUUUCCUCUGCCAGUUCCACAAGCCAGCCAGCAAAGUCCCGGCCUUCCUCAAUGUUGUCGACAUUGCCGGGCUGGUCAAAGGCGCGCACGCUGGCCAAGGUUUGGGGAACGCCUUCCUGUCCCACAUCAGCGCCUGCGACGGCAUCUUCCACAUGACACGUGCAUUUGAGGAUGAGGAUAUCACGCAUGUGGAGGGGGCCGUGGACCCAGUGAGGGACAUGGAGAUCAUCCACGAGGAGCUGAGGCUGAAGGACGAGGAGAUGAUCUUCCCUAUUAUUGACAAGCUGGAGAAGACGGCCAUUAGAGGCGGCGACAAGAAGCUCAAACCAGAAUAUGACGUGAUGUGCAAAAUCAAGAGCUGGGUGGUGGAUGAAAAGAAGCACGUCCGCUACUAUCACGACUGGAACGACAAGGAGAUCGACGUGUUGAACAAAUACUUGUUCCUCACAUCCAAGCCGAUGAUCUACCUGGUGAACCUCUCUGAAAAAGACUACAUCAGGAGGAAGAACAAAUGGUUGGUGAAGAUAAAGGAGUGGGUGGACGGUCAGGACCCGGGGGCCCUGGUCAUCCCCUUCAGCGGGGGCCUGGAGAGCCAGCUGCAGGACAAGAACCAGGACGAGUGGCAGAAGUGCUGCAGCGAGCUCAAGACGCAGAGCUCCCUGGGCAGGAUCAUCAAGGCCGGCCACGCCGCGCUGCAGCUGGAGUGCUUCUUCACGGCCGGGCCCGACGAGGUCCGAGCGUGGACCGUUCGGAAAGGAACGAAGGCUCCGCAGGCCGCCGGGAAGAUCCACACCGACUUUGAGAAGGGCUUCGUUAUGGCGGAAGUAAUGAAAUUCCAGGAUUUUAAAGAGGAAGGCAGCGAGAACGCUGUCAAGGCUGCAGGGAAGUACCGGCAGCAGGGGAGGAACUACAUCGUGGAGGAUGGAGACGUCAUCUUCUUCAAGUUCAACGCACCAAACGCGCCGAAGAAAAAGUGACCUUCCGGUCUGCUCGGACACGUCUCCAAUUCCUGCAGUCCCGCAGGAUCAGAUCAUCCAGAGGCUGAGUAAACUC